GUCAAUAACUUGUCAUCUGAAUUAUAGAUUCAAACUUAAUAAAAUAAAAAAUAAUAAUUCAGUUUCAAAGUUUGAAUAACCGUUUUGUCAUUUUGAAUUGACAAUGCAUGACCCCCUAAGGCUAGCGAACGAAACGCUGCAGCACAUUCUAACAAAAAUGGCGUUCGCGUAGGUUGUGCGUUACUGUUAUCUUUUUGUUUGAUUUCAAAAUUUUAAAACUGUUGACAUAAAACUAAGAGAAAUAUGGGUCGGUCGCCAAGUCCAAGGCGGCGGGAAGAUAGGUUAGAUCGGCGGAGAAACAGAGAUCACGACCGGGACCGGGACCGCGAGAGGCGAAGACCGCGCACGCGAUCCAGGUCUCGCUCCCUAGACCGCAGACGACGCUCCCCGGACCGCAGAAGGUCGCCCUCGCCCGCUAGACGACGCCGUUCGCGUUCGAUCUCUCCAGGGCCGUCUUCGUCUUUUGUAGCUAAAAAGAAGACUUUUGGGGAGCGGCCGAUCGUCACCCCUGCUGAUUUGGAGGGAAAAUCUCCUGAGGAACAAGAAAUGUUGAAAGUUAUGGGCUUUUGCGGCUUCGACACGACAAAAGGUAAGAAAGUCGAAGAUAAUGUUGAAGGUGAAGUCCACGUUGUUUUAAAACGAAAAUACCGACAGUACAUGAAUAGGAAAGGAGGUUUCAAUCGACCGUUGGACUUUGUCGCGUAGCACCGACCCGUAAAUGGUUCCGCACAAUCUAAUUUCUAUAGAAUUUUCUGUUUUCUCAAGUUUUUUGCGACAUUUUUAAUGUCGUUGUGAUAUUACUGUUGUAGGUGAACACACUAUUGUUAUUUGGAUGCACAGCUAUGACUGCAGCUUAUUCAAUGACUUAAAUAUGUUAGUGUCUAUUUUAUACAGAUAAUAGAAUCUUAAAUAUUACAAUAAUAUGAGAAUGGAAUUUUACUUCCCAUUUUUAUUAGCUUAUGGUCUAGCUUAGUUGAGCCUAGGCCGUAGUCAUUUAUCAAAAUUCAGUAUUGUAACUGUUUAACAUGUUCGCAGAUGGUAAGUGACAUCAUGAUAGUCUAAAGGAAACACAAAACUAUGCAACUAUUAUAGCAUUUGUGUCUGCAAAUGGGUUAGUUGUACAUUUCAAUAAUUGUUGUUUUUGUUUAUAUUGAAGUUUUAUGCAAGAAAUAUCAAUACUCAUACUAAAACACCAGAAGUGACAACCAAAUUCAUUUUAAAUUAAGAGUAUGUUGACAACAAAAUCUUGAUUUCAAUAGAACUUGGUUGGCACCUGACUUAUUUCAUUAAACAACAGAUUUUCUACAUCUGCAAAAAUGCCAGAAGAAAAUUUCUGGAUAAUUUUACAAUUUUCAAAACUGAGUUUCCAUAUUGCAUUACGCGACAUAUGGUUUUAAUUCCAUUUAUAGUCAAUCUAUACAUUUUUUUAAAUUAAAAUAUUAUUUCUCAUCAGAUAGAUUGGAGCAGUAAAGCUGCUCAAAAACAACUCAACAAGCACUUUAACGCCUUGACAAUAAAGGUGUGUUCAGAUAUUUAUGAACUCUUUGGCCGCUCCGAUGUAUCUGAUGGCGACUGUACAUGAUACCACCACAUUUUUACCAAGUAGACACUAAAACAAAAUGGCUGCCUUAAACAAGUGUGUUCACAUGUAACAUGUGUUGAUUCCAUUUUUUACUUAGCAUAAGUGUUAUGACAAUGUUUACCAUGUUUUACUGGGGGAGGCCUGUGUUUAGACUUGAAUCUUAGACUACUGCAGAAACAUUUGCAAAUGAUUGUUUGUAUUUUUAUACUCAAGAGUCUCAAGACUAGAGUUGUGCCAUUCUCCAGAAUGUUCUCCGUUUACUAUGAGGAAUAUUCUCGAGCGAGAACAUUCCCUAUACAAGAACAAUCUCGAGAAUGGCACAACUAUACUCAAGACUACAUUUUGGAGACCACUGCCAAUUUUGUAGCUUCUGAUUUAUAAUCUAAAUAAUGUAGUGGCUACAGUGACCAACAGGGAACCAGUACGAACAGUUUUAUCCCAGAAAAUGAGGGUAGGGAACUGAUUCUGCAUUUUUUUUAAGACUAUGGAUUCCAGCCCUUCAAGGUUCACAUAGAAGAACAUUCGUGUUCGAGUGACGACCUGAGCUACGAGACGCGUAUGUAAACGGUGGGCGAAAGACGCGCUUGCUGUUUACAUUCGCGUUCGGCUUUUCAUUCGGUUACAAACCUGAUACCGUACCGAUUGUGUUUAAAAUCGAUUCGAUCGACCAGCUUUUGAGCUGUGGCCGAGGCACGAAACGAGCCGUUAGUACAUUUCUGCAGCUAUACUCUGUAUCUUUAGGUAUUUAAAUAAAAGUAAACAAACAAUUUGUACAUUUUCGGGUAGUUAUAACAUUUAUUGGUUAACCAACCAAAUACAAAACCGCCUGGAUCUGUCACAGAACGACCUGACUUUAACCUACAUUAUAUGGUCAUGUAAUGUUUUUAUUUACACUCAACUGGCUUAAGGAGCCAUUUGAGGGUAGAUUUUGUUUACCUUUUUUUAAAUACCUAAAGAUACAGAGUACAGAGUCUGUGCUGAAAGAGAAGAGUUGUGAAAUGUAUGGGAUGCAAUACAUUAUAUGACUCUUCUCUUCGCACAGACUCUACUACAGUUUUGCCACAUUAAUCAGCGUCCUUAUUUUCUUGGAAAAAAAUAGAAGUGUCGCAUACUGCUUCCCUGUUAGUCACUGGUGGCUUCUAUGUUAGCUGUUCUUGUAUAACAUUCUGAAUUUAGGUUUUAUCUAGAUUUGAUUGUUUUUUUAGGUUGUCUUCCAUAUUUAUGUUUAUCUUUAACAGAUUUAUCAAUAAUACAUAAUGCAGGGUUGGAAAUCUGUUAAUGUGAUUGUAUAUAAAAUCAUUUUUUUUUUAUUAUGGGAAAUUAUUAUCUCAUAGUCAAGAUAUAUUUCCUGAAACAUUAAGUCUACUAUGUCUAGACACAGGCUUUGCACUCAUUUGUUUUGCCAAGUGCCUUAAAAGUUUAAAAUCAGUAAAAUGGAAAUGUCAAUAAAUAUGAAAUUUGUGUUUAUAAAAUAUUGCACAAAAAGAAACCACUAGUCACUAUUCCAAUAAGAAAACUAUUGACAUUUCACUCCUUAUUUGGUAGUAAGUUUACUGUAGGAUGUGAAAAAAAAACUACAUUCAACAUUUGAAUGAACAUGUAAACUUAUAACCAAGAUCAAAAUUAGUUUUUUUGAAAUCAAUCCUCAUUCAUUCACUUUCUAAAGUAUGGACGCUAAGGACGAAAAAUUUCGUUAAUUGACCCUCCAUUUCUUAUCUCACGCACGCGCAUAAUUAUAUUGGUUUCUCGCUCGCACAGUGGCAUUGACUGAACAUGAGCGGGACAGCAAUAUAAUUACGCGCGCUCGAUAGAGAUACAAGCAGGCGGGUCAGUGUACGAUAUUCUUCGUUCUUAGCGUCCUUACUUUAGGAUAAAUAACUAUCUUUAUACUAUUGAUUACAAAUUUUAAGGCUCCUGGCAAAACACUAAUCGUAAGCUAGUUAUAAGCCCGCUAAACAGUCCCAGUGCGCAGCCGCGGCCCGCACUGGUCCGGUCCACUGUGUACCCGGGGCUCACUCUGCACCGGGUGCACACACCAAGAAGCGCUACGAGUCGAAUCUGCCACUAAUUUUAAUCUGUGUACCUUCUGGUUAUAAGCUAUUGACAACAGUAUAGAAAACCUGAAGAAUUUGUGGUUGUCGCUAGGCAGUCAGUUCCUUAACGUAAGUACCCACAUUUUAAUACAGCGUUGGUAUUUAAUUUGGGGCAUACUGUUUGUCUUGGCCACGUAACGCACGCACGUGAGUGUGAGAAUAUUAAACAUCAUUAUUUGAGACUGUUUCUGCAUUCGAGAUAAUCUUGAUUAUCCAAAUGAACUGUUCAAUUUUAUGUCUAGGAUGUAGAAGCAUGCUCUAAGCUGGUCUUUUUGACAUAUUUGCUCAUAUAUUGCUUGUGUCUCUUUUAUUAUUAUAUUACAAAAGGAAAUUACACAAGUAUGUUAUGGGCGAAUAUUUCUAAAUGAUUUUUUGGUUUUAGUGACCGCAGUGUAAGCUAACUGCAUUGACUUUAACAGAACAAGUUAUGAAAGUGUCAUUGUUUUAUACAAAUACGUUUAUCAUGACAUCCCACACUUUGUCUUAGCCAAUGCAGUGUUAUCAUGGUCCGACUAAACUUAUUGCAGUUGAAUUUCUCCACAUUUCUAUCAGAAGGUACAAGAUUGUUUAUAAGACUGAACGCUGCCUGCCCUGUUCCGUUUCCCGCGCUCCGCGCCACACACAUAGCCUUAGAUACAGAGUUAUUUACACACACACUCACAUUCCCCCUGUCCUCCACAUGUACAAUAGUCAAGUCUGGGUUGCCAGAGUCAAAUAUCAUGAGGCUAUUGCCAGAAUGCCGACCUGUUUUUUUUUUUAAUAUAGGCAUUUUGUGCAGUGCUUUAUUGAGAUAUUUAAUUAUUUUUUUUAACCCUAAAUGAUCUAGAUUUUUUUGACUGUAAUAAUUUUUUUUUUAAAGUAGCCGUCUGGCAUGUUGAGAUAUAAAUUUCAUAAUUUUGUGUUGUCAACAUAAUGACAAAAAAAUCUCAAUAAAGCAUAAUCUGGUUUGAUGAUAUUAUACUCUGUCGACACAGAUACCAUAGCCAAUAUACAAUUUUAUACAAUUGUUGAUAUUUUUUACUGAUAUAUUGCACCCGCGGCGCGCGGGGGGCACGGCCAGCAAAACAUAUCUAUAUAAUGAUAUAUAAUGUACAACAUUGGUGGUAAAUCCGACUCCGAAACGCUUGUCACACCACCUACACUUUUGAAUGAAUCGAAAAUACAAAAAUGUUCUUUCACAUGCUGUAAAAAUAUCUACAGACAAUAUAUUUGCAAGUUUAGUUACUUUUGGAUGCAUCCUUGAUGAUGCAUAAUAAUUACAUUGGGUGCAUUCUAAUUUUUAUUUUACCAAUGAAAAAACCACACCUUUUGGGAGGGAUUAGAAAAUAUUGUUUUCCCAAACAUAAUAUAAUCGACAGCACGAUUUUGUAACAAUAUGUAUGUAAACCAUUUUAAUUUUUAGAGGGUAAAAGUUGUAAUGGGUAUCAGCAAAGAGAAUUUGAAAUAGAGGUGGAUUGUCAAAGAACGUUUCGAAGCCAAUUUACUGCCAUCUUUUGACACAUGAUUAAAAACUUUUAGAACGCCAUUUGAUAAGAUGUUAAAUAUCAAAAAGUGGCGCCAUCUACUAGAACAUAGGCCAAAGGUAUGGCGGCAUCUUUUAACAGUUUUAAUCAUGUGUCGAAAGAUGGCAGUAAAUUUACUGUACUUGUAGCUAUAAAAUUUACUUUUACAAUCCACCUCCAUUUCAAAUUCUCUUUGGUAUCAGAAAGGAAAAUGAGUCAAUGAUAAAAAAAAAACUUUCCAUCAUUUUCAUCUUACAGUUUCCGAGUUUUAGUUGUCUGUGAUACAUUUGUUUUUCUAUACCAAGUAACAAUAUCGCAACUCUCUCUUACUUUAUUACAAUUCUGUAAUUUAUUAACCAAAGAAAGAUCAGAUUGUAAUAAAUACACUCUGUCUUUUGAUUUGACGUAUUCGUGCUAUGAUAAGAACUGUUAGGGUCCUGAAGAUUCUGAAGUUCUAGUCUUUUUGUGAAACAUUACUUUAGAUCAGACAAAUAAUAUAAUAGGGAGUAUUACUGCAAUGUUCUGCCGCCCGAGUGCAGCACUAGCACCCUUCGUAAACCAUAGAGUAACUAUAGAGUAACUUAUACAUACUGUGGCUUAAACUGUUUUUGUCAAGUUUUCACAGAUAAUAAAAUAUGACAUUGAUGCAUCAAGGCGGUUUGUUUACAAUUGGCCUAACGGCAAAUCCGAAAAUCGAAAUUUAGUUAUCUACCUGUUCAUCGCUCGAAUAUGCAAGUGAUAGAGAGGUUAGUUAACGAAAUUUUUCGGGGUAGACCCUCAGAUUGUGAUGGAUUGUGGUAGUGGCGCCCCCUACGCAGAGCUUCGUGUAAUAUUCCCUAUUAAAAUACGUUCUGCUAAAAGGACAUAUUAAUUUCAUAUUUUAAACUAUAUCUGAAUUAAUUGUACUAUUUUAAAUUACGUUAGCAUUAAAGGUUUUGUACGCGUCUAAAAACAUGACGUAAAUAUUAGCCCAACAUAUUCUUCAUUAAUAUUUCACAUUUUGUGAUAUUUAAACUCGUAAAAAACUUGUUAUGUUUAAUACUUAGUUUCAACGUUCAUAAAAAGAUUUAUAGUUUAUUUAAAAAUAACAUUUCACGUGAUAUGUGAAGAUUCAUUCCCACUUGUAUAUACCAUGAUUUAUUUAUACUUAUGUAUCAUUAAAAGUAAGUGAUUCUGUUUGGUUUAAAAAUGUAUAAAACAUUAACCUGUAAAUUGUGUGCCCUUGGCAUUUUUGGAUUUAAGUAUAGUUUAGAUAAAACAUAUUAAAAAACCUAAUUUAGUAUUUAUAUAGUUGUAAAAUAUGUUAUGGACAUUUUGAAAACGCUCAAACUUCUGUGUCAAACGGUCUUUCGGAAAUAUAGGGUGUUCUCAAAAUGUAGCAUUUGUCAUAUUACAUGACAUUAUCAAUGUAACUGAAUUUUGCCAGAUUAUAAACAUAUGAAAUAAUUAUUUACGAUACAAGUACGAUAAAUGGGAAAUUUGCAAGGAGUGGGGAUAAACUAAAACACGACCCAAGGAGGUGUUUUAAAUCGACACGAGUUGCGAAUUACCUUUUCGCACGUGUAUAGUGCAACGUUUUACAGUACAUAUGACCCUUUAAAUUUUUGACAUAGGCAUGUAUAGCGCUAAUUACCGCACUAGUGUGUAAAUUAGCACAUUAUGUAACUAUGUCGAAAAUUUAAAGGGUUUAAUUUAUCGCCACUCAUUGCGAAUAGGAAAUUCGUAACGAGUGGCGAUAAAUUAAAACGUGACCGAAGGGAGUGUUUUAAAUCGACACGAUUUUUCGCACUUGUAUCGUAAAUAACUAUUGUGAUGCUAAAUGAUAAUGUUAUGUAAUAAUAUCUUAUAUUGUUUUUUAUGAGUGCUUUAAAGUCAAAAUAUAUUUUAUGUAAGUAAUGCAAGGGCAAGUUUAAACUGUAAUAAAUCAUUUUGGAUUAA